CAGAUUUUGAUUUGUUACAUGUUUCUCUUUGCAGCAGAAUCUAAGAAAAUCCAGAAAUGGAGUCAUCGUCAGGGGAUCUCGAGGGCAGCAGUGACGAUAUCACAGGAAAGAAGAAAUCUAGGCUGAAAUCUCUGAAGAUCCGACUCUUUGGCAAGAGGAAAGGAGGUGGAGGACGGCGUAAAAUGAGCCAGUCCGCCACUGACGUCUCCCAGGGGAAGGAUGAGGAGCUGGACCUAGAGGACAGUUUCAGCAGCAACUUGGGGUCUCGUGCAUUGUCACACGAAAGCAUCUUCCUCGCUGAGCAGUGUCUGUCGUCAGCUGAACCACCACAAGGUCUGUCUCAAGAAAACGUGCCCAGUCGUGUCAAAACCUUGCAGAUGAAACUACAACAGCAGAACCUACGACUCGGUCAGCCCCCUCACGUGAUGUCCAUUAAGAGACCCGAGGACACCGGGGGUAGCUCAGAAGACGACGGGCUCCCGCAAAGCCCUCCUGAAAUCGUACUCACUGAGGUUUUACCUCAGAGAGCACCGCACAAGCCCAGCAGCCCAACGGUGCCCGUCAUCACCACUCCCUCAGAUCACGGGAUCGAUUUCAACACCCCUCCACAAUUCACUCCCUGCCUGGACAAUUCCGCUGCACGUCACCGUAUGUCCGUGAAGCCCAGGAACCAGAGAGCCAGCGCUAAAGUCAGGAAGCUGACAUCGCAGCCAGAUUCUCGAGCUCGAUCUGAAAGCAUGAGCAACAUGGAGCAUCCCAAACCUAGCGAUGAAGAUGAGAAAGGUCUUGGGGUCUCUAAGGAGCCCAUCCGUUUUCGAUCCCAUUCCACCCAGGUACUACAGACACGGGAGAGCCCUCCUCCUCGCCCUGAUGAGAACCAUCUACUUACCUCCAGUCACAGAUCUCUGAAGGAGCCUCCUCCCUCUCCCAUGCGACCUCUAGUCCAGCCACGUCCAGUCGUGACUGACACUGUUAUCACAAAGUCCACCUUUCAUUCCCAGGCGCCUGUCACAAAGGAGUCACAAGAACCUCCUGUGGCUUCUGUUCUCAGUUCUAGAACAGAGGCAGCUCCUGUUGUAUGUCCAGCAGCUGAUCCCCAAAACAAUCAAAUGGCCCUUGAGACUGUUGGAACAAAGCCCCCUGCCUCUCCAAGGCUAAGGAGUGCGAGUGGCACCAGACAAGUUGGAGAAAAUCUUGGUAUUUAUCCUCUAAAACCUGCCCCAGCUAGUGCCCCAUCAACUGCUGUUCCCCAGGACAAUCCUGCUAGUGAUGAAACUGCGGACAAAAAGGAGAAUAUGAGUUUAAAUCCUCAGACUGAGCUUCGUCCAAAAGUUCAGCCAGUGCUGGCAGUUGGACCCUCAGAAGGCUUGCCCUUGGAGGCCACUCGAAUGAGGUCUUUCAGCAAAAAUGAGAAAGCUCCAGUCAAAGGAGAAGGAGAGAGUGGGAUGUUGCCACAAACAGCCAAAGUAUCAACCAGGCAGAUGGAUAAACCAGACAAAGUUGUGGAGAAUAUGGUUACUAGCCAACUAACACCGUCUGCAUCGCCACGUUUUACUAUUUCCUCUGCACACAAUAAAGAUCAACCUAAAAGGGGGAGCUUCACCGAUACCUCUGAAGAAACAGGAGCUAAGAAAGACUUGACAAGACCAAACUUUCCACACCAAGCUUACAGUUCUCAACGUGUUGUCCAAAAGGGUGACAUGAAAGCUGAAGAACUACCUCCUACUCUCCCCGCUGAGAUGCCCUUUGGUAGGAAUUUGGAACCCAAACCAUUGCAACAGGGGAACAGCAGUGGUUCAGAUCUGGAGGAGUCCUUGACUCCCCAUGAGAUCGGAGAGGAGGCCACCGAGGAGGAGGGCCAGGGCGCCGUGGAGGAGGCUGAGGAGGCCCACGAGGACCUGAGAGAACAUAGAGAGGAGGAGCCGACAAAGGGAGAAGGAGAGAAGAACGCCUUUGGAGUGAAGUUGCGCUCCACCUCACUGUCUAUGAAAUACAGACUUGACUCCGGUCAGUCAGAGGUCAGCGUUAAACGGCAUAGUGCUGAUGUUAGCACGCUUAACACAACACAAUAUGGCUCCCAGGCUGGUCCGAAGGCCGGCAGGGCAGGGUCUCUGACCAAGCCUGCUGCUUCUCCAUGUUCCGAUCCCGGGACAGCCAUGCCAGCUGGGCAGAACAUCACAUCACUCCCAUCUACUGACAGGGCUGGAAGCAAGUUAAGAUCUAGGUCCAUUAGGCAGGAAGGUGAAGCAAGCCAAUCAACAGUUGUGCAUCCCCCCAAGAAUGCGUCCAUGCCUUCUCCAUCAUCGGAAGUAGUGUCUGCAGCUUCAUCUUCAGAGGAGGCUGGUCCAUCUCAGCCAGAUGAUGCAUCACCUACACCUGUGAAAGAGCCAGAAGCUGCCAGCUCUGACUUCUCAUGGAUGAGCAUGGCCAUGGAGAAGACCCGCACCAUUCAGCAGCUCAUCACCAGCAAACUCCCAGAGUUCCCUGAAGGACCCAUGCUGCCAGGGGCACCUCCGACCAAAAAGGAGUUCAUACCUUCUCCUACCACGGAGGGAGAUCCUGCACCCUCGCCCUCGGUCAAGAGGAAGUCUGCGUCCUCACCCACUAAGAAGACACCGCCUGCACCCUUUCCCUCAAAGGAGGCUGCACCUCCACAAUCGAAUGAUGUAGACUCGUCAGCCCCGUCUGCUAAGGAGCCAGAGGCAGCUUCCUCUGAGGUGUCCUGGAUGAGCAUGGCCAUGGAGAAGACGAAAACCAUCCAGCAGCUCUUCACCAGCAAGUCCCCGGAGUUCCCUGGAACCCAGACCGCCACAAGAACCACGCCUACAACUGAAACCCCGCCCCCUGUGUUACCACCUGCUCCAAGAGCAGCCCAGGUUACCAACGGAGAAAAGCCAUCUGCCCAGCCGAGCAGAACGCCCAAACAGACUGCGCCACCAGAUACAUCACCUACAGAAACAAGCCCGUCAUCAACAACUGCUCUGUUCAAAUUUAAUUCCAAACCAGCACCCACCAGUUCAAGCCAGUCAGCUGCAACUACCUCCAUUAUAAGAGGAACAUCGCUCCGAGAAGCACAACCCAAACCCACACAGCCUAGCAUUGUGUCAACACAACGGAGUAAACUGGCUCAGUCUCAGCAGAUCACUGUACAGUCAAUACCACCCUCUGCAGAAUCCAAUUCCAAAGCGGAAACUACCAGUUCAAUCCAGUCACCUGCAACUCCCUCCAUUGUAAGAGGGACAUCGCUCCGAGAAGCACAACCCAAACCCGCACAGCCUAGCAUUGUGUCAACACAACGGAGUAAACUGGCUCAGUCUCAGCAGAUCACUGUACAGUCAAUACCACCCUCUGCAGAAUCCAAUUCCAAAGCGGCAACUACCAGUUCAAUCCAGUCACCUGCAACUCCCUCCAUUGUAAGAGGGACAUCGCUCCGAGAAGCACAACCCAAACCCGCACAGCCUAGCAUUGUGUCAACACAGCUGAGUAAACUGGCUCAGUCUCAGCAGACCACUGUACAGUCAAUACCACCCUCUGCAGAAUCUAAUUCCAAACCAGCAACCACCAUUUCAAGCCAGUCACCUGCAACACCCCCCAUUGUAAGAGGGACAUCGCUCCGAGAAGCACAACCCAAACCCACACAGCCUAGCAUUGUGUCAACACAACUAAAUAAACUGGCUCAGUCUCAGCAGACCACCACACAAUCAAUACCACCCUCCGCACUCCUGAAUAAAACACAACCGUCCCCACCUCUCUCCUCCAACCAGUCCAUCCCUCACCCAUCACAGCCCACCACUAACUCACAUCUUUCGUCCAGCCCAAAGCCACCAUCCUAUCUAAAGCAGCAGAGCCAGCCAGCUGCACCGUCUGUCUCACAAGGUGGCAGUGAUGGUGGACGUUACUCACUGAAGAAGAGGAGUGAUUUGCCCCAAACUGCCCCAGGCAGCGGCAGUGGGGCUACUAUAGCAGCAACAGCAGCACCAGAAGGUCUGGGGCCUCGAGCGUCAGGGUUGGGCAGCAAGGGCGCCUUCCUGGAGAAAUGGGGAGACAAAGGAGCCUCUGCAGGCACCAAGUUUGAAGUAUCGAAAGCCACCUCAGGGGCUCAAUCGUCACCUGAGUCUUUGACAUCAGUUAGACCUGGACUGCUCAGCAGAGACUCAAAGACUGACGCAGACUUGGUAGUCGCUAGAGCUGCAGAUAAAGAGGACAGGCCACUGAAGAGGACACUGGUCUCCUCGGCCUCACCCCAGCAGCCUAGUUCCGACGGGAGCCAGCCAUCCUGGAUGGAGAUGGCCAAGAGGAAGUCUUUAGCGUGGAAUGAUAACGCUCAGGGAAGCAGGAAGUGAGGAAAUGGAACAGAGGGGGGGCACAAUGACUGCACCUGUCCAUCAAGCCGAUGCCAGUGGUAGGCACAGUGCUGCUGCCCAUACUGUUUCUCUCAAGCAUAAUUUACAAUGGCCCCGAUAACACCCUUUGUGGUUCAGUGUUUUGGAGCAAUGAAUUGACUUUUUGACCUCUCAACACCAUGUUUUUAUUCUGUAUAUUUCUGCCAUUAAUUUGUGAUGCCCUUAAUUAUUUAUUUGAGAGGUGUAUAAUUUAAGGUGAAUAUUUAUUGUAUUUAAAUGGCAAAUAUCUAAAAUUUACAUACAUAUUUAAGAUUUGUGUGAAUAUAAAGUAAUUGAAUUGUACAGUUCAUUAACCAACCUGGUUUAUUGCAUUCCGUUGACUUGGUUGGUAAUCUGUUCAUAUGAAGCAAUGCCA